GGGCGCGCUCGAUGUGCUCGGGCAUCGUUUGCUCUCCUCUUGGUGCGGGGAGUGAAGGCCGCGGCAAUGGAGGGCGACGGGGACGCUUCCCAGCCGGGCUCGGGCUCCGCGGGGCCGGCUGCCGGAGCUCGGAUCUCGCUGCACAAUUUCCGCGGGCGCCUCGCCGAGCAAGUGGUGCACUUCCACGCCAUGGGCCUGCAGGACUCGCUCUUCCUGUGGGUCGGGGAGGAGCCCCCCCAGCUCAGCAACUUGGCCGUGGCCAUGUGCACCCCCCGCGACUCCAUUCCAGUAUCUACAUCGCUACUUGGUGAUGCAUCUGACAGCACCUCAAACUCUUUAGCUCAAAGAUUAGCCAGCAAGACUAAAAAACAGAUUUUUGUCAGCUAUAAUAUUAAAAAUACAGACAGCAGCUUCACACUGCUUGUAGAAAACCGAAUCAAGGAAGAAAUGACAGCGUUUCCAGAAAAGUUUAGCUUGGAACCACUAUAGUAAUGUCUGCUUCCUGUGUAUUUUUAAAAAUAAAAAUGGAUGUUUCUCCUGUAA